AAGAAGAAGAAGAAGUUGUUUCGUGGUCCAAUCUCGCGAGAACAUAGCUGAGCGGGUUGUCGAGAUCGAAGAGCAGGAGACGGCAAGCGUGAGUGAGGAUGUCUUUGAAUGAAGAGGGUUACGUUGUUAGGAUCAGAGGACUUCCCUGGUCCUGCACACAAGAGGAGGUGGCAAAUUUCUUUUCUGAAUGCUCACUGGACAUCGUGGGAAAGGUAAACGGAGUGUGCUUCACUUUCAAAGAAGGUCGUCCAAGUGGAGAAGCAUUCAUUGAGGUGAAAACAGCUGAUGAUUUUAAGACUGCCCUUUCCAAGGACCGUAAAUAUAUGGGACAUCGAUACAUUGAGGUGUUCAAGUCGAAUCGCAGCGAGAUGGACUGGGUGCUCAAACGUAGCGGCCCUGCUGACUAUGAUGGUGGCAGUGGUUGCAUGCUGAGGCUCAGAGGCCUGCCUUUUGGUUGCAGCAAGGAAGAAAUUGUUCAAUUCUUCUCAGGGUUGAGAAUCGUGCCAAAUGGGAUUACUCUGCCAGUGGACUACCAGGGGAGGAGCACAGGGGAAGCCUUCGUGCAGUUUGCCUCAAAGGAGAUAGCAGAAAAGGCUCUGGGGAAACACAAGGAAAGAAUAGGGCACAGGUACAUAGAGAUUUUUAAGAGCAGCCGUAACGAGAUCAGAGCCUACUAUGAACUUCCCCGAUCGGGGAUGGGAGGACAGAGACCAGGGCCCUAUGAUAGACCCAUGAUGGGGGGUCCCAGGGGUGGGUUUUUUGGAAACUCACCUGGCCGUGGUGGGUCUCUGAUGGAGAACGUGAGGAGUGGAGGGAGCUAUGGAGGAGGUUAUGGAAACUUUGACAACUACAACGGAUUCAGCAGUUACCAUUUCAGCGAUGGCAUGUUUGACGAGCGGCUGAGAGGAGAAAGAUUGGGCAGAGGAAUGGGAGGCCACAGUUACAGCAGUCAUGGUGAUUCUGGUGCGGGUCUUCAUGGUGGCCACUUUGUCCACAUGAGGGGUUUACCGUUCCGUGCCACAGAGGGAGACGUUGCCAGAUUCUUUGCUCCUUUGAAUCCACUGAGGGUUCAUAUCGAUGUGUCUCCGAGUGGAAAGGCAACUGGAGAGGCAGAUGUGGAGUUCCGCUGCCACGAAGAUGCUGUGGCGGCCAUGUCCAAAGACAAGAACCACAUGCAGCAUCGUUACAUCGAGCUUUUCCUCAACUCAACAGCAAGUGGAGCAGAAAUGAGCCGUGGUGGUUACUAUGGUAACUCAGGAGGGGAUGGAGGCUUACGGAGCAGAGGGCUGCGAGGCACGUACUGAUGACAUCAUUCCACCCAUUAUUAUUAGUCCACAUUUACUCAUUAAUGUUUCUAAGCAGAGAGCUGAUCUGAGGUCACCUGUGUGUCAGAGCUUUGUUUUAUUGUGGGUUUUUUUUCACCAACAGACAAAUCAGAUGCGACUUUAACAGUAAUAAUUGCGUUCAGCUCCAAAAAUAAAAUGUUUCAUUUUAAGGUUGACUUUUGUGCCCGCAGAAUAUAGUUCAUCUUUUAUUUAUUUGUACAUUGUCAACCUUGUACAGUCAACAAAUGUUUUUGUUCGAUGUAGAGGAGUGGAAAAAUAGUGCAGUUUUGUUGUAAUUUGACAGAAUUCAAAAUUUUUAUGAGACUUGGGCAGUACUUUUUCCCCUCUUGUGCUGCAUAAUAAUUUGUCCUGUUAUCUGGUGGAUGUGUUAAAGCUUCAUGGUUGAGUCAGGUGAUGAAUCACCAACAGAAGAGUUUUGAUUAUUAUUACAGAUGUAUGAUGGUUCAGUAAAAAUUGGUAAAAAAAAAAAAGAACUUAAAAAUAUUUUAAAUGCGUUUGUUGACUUGGCUUUACGUUGUGAUUUUAGAUCAGAUUUUCUGCUUUGAACUGGUAAUUUGUGAGGUAGGUUUUUUUCCCCCUUUUUGUUUUCAGUUGAUAACAGAAUCAAAAAAUUUGAAUAUUCUCUGCGUGAAAUCAAAUUGAGUAUAUUUGAGCUGUACUUUAGCUUGUAUAAGCUGUUGUACAUUUUGCCUAAUAAAUUUUAUAUUUAAGCCUG